GACGUUUUCUGCCUGGCUGCCACAGUUUAUUCACUUUCGUAGUCCAUGUUUCACGAUUUGCUCAGUGUUAGGAAGCUCUGCGUUUGCAUCUCAAGGCGAGGGAGAGAGAGACUGGGUGUGGAGGCCAGGGAGAGGCCGCUGGGACCAGCAAGGGGCGACAAGGCACAGGGCUGGGCACGGGGCCGGGGUCUGCACGCGAAGGCGGGAACCCGGGGCUCAGCGGGGUGGCGGGAGUGCAGGGAAGUUAAGCCCGAAAACAGGACUGGAUUCCGGACCGCGCUUUUCGGCGGGGGCUCAGCCUGCGCAUCCCGGGAGUCCCGCCCCGCGCACUAAGCCCCGCCCCUAGCGACGCAGGUCCCGCCCCGCGACUUCACCCUGCCCCUGGGCGCGGCCCUGCGACUAAGCACCGCCCAGAUAGCGCCGCUCGGCGCCCGAGCUCUACCUGCUCGGCUCCGCCCGCCCCGCGCGGGCCUAACGUCUUCCGGCCGGGCGUGGGGGCCCUAAGCCCCGCCCCUCCCAGGCCCCAGUCGGCUCGGCGCCCGCCCCAGGCCCCGCCCCCGGUUCCGGCAACGGCCAACUGGCGCAGGCGCCCUGGUCCCGCAGCCGUGGCCGUCCCGGUCGGCCGCGGCUGUCAGAAGAGCCAUGGUCCCGCCGCCGCCGCCGCCGCCGCCGCCGCCGCCGCCUCUCUGCACGUUGCCGCCGGGCCCCGGGCCCCCGCGCUUCGUAUGCUACUGCGAGGAGGGGAAGGCAGCUGGGGCCAGUGACCCAGGCGGCUUCAGCCUCUGUGUGACGGACGCCGCGGAGCUCUGGAGCACCUGCUUCCCGCCGGACGGCCUGGCGGCCCUCAAAGCCCGUUUUGGCCUGAGUGAGGCGGAGGACGUCACUCCCCGGUUCAGGGCAGCCUUCAAGCAGCAGGCUGUGACUUUCACUCCUCAGGAGGACGCAGCGACCCUGACCGUCUCAGGGGGCCCCUCCACACUGGACUUCGAGCUCUCCAAAGUGCCGGGCCCAGAAGCGGCCCCCAGGCUGCAGGCAUUGACCCUGGGCCUGGCAGAGCGCGUGUGCAGCUUGGAACGGCAGCUGGCAUCUGUGGAGGAGACGGCCACCAGCUCCAGGAAGAGCCCUUGGCCAGUGGGGCCUCAGCAGUUCCUACCAGACCCAGAUUCUCAGAGAGGCUGCCCCGGACCUGGGGCCAGGAGGCGGUGUCCCGGCGAGUCCCUCAUCAACCCUGGCUUCAAAAGUAAGAAGCCAGCCAGUGGUGUAGAUUUUGAUGACCUCUGACCGUGCCGCAAGAAGUGUGACCCUGCCGGGAGCUUGCUUGUGAGAGGAGGGUGGCCGCUGAGACCCCGUGUCACCCAUGCCCCACCUGUCCUGCCAUCCAGCAAGGACAAGCCCGCUUCUCUGAGCUCCUUCCGCAUCAAAUAAAUGGAUUUCUCAUGCAGAGGGCAUGGCCAGCCUGUGGCUCCGGGGGGCUGGCUGGGGGAGAGGUCAGGCAUCCCCCACCCACAGCAAUCUGGGUGUGUGGCCACAGGAGGUGACAGAGGUGCCAGGCCCUGGAUCCCUGGGGAGGUGCCACCAGGCUCUCCCGGCCAGCCUGGGGGCUGAGAGGGCCAUGCAGGGCCGGGGCCGGGUUCCCAGGGCUGGACCCCUCCCGCCCCAUGGGGCGUACCCCUCUUCCAGACCCCCACCAAGCAGGACUUGGCCUGCUUGACCACCCCAUCCCAUGCACACAGUAGGUCCUGCAGGAGAUGGGGUGCCUGCCAGCCGGGGUGGGGCUGAGGAAUGUGGGCCACCCCACCCACUGGCUCCGAGCCCUGAGGUGCCCAGGCUGGGCUCCGUUCCCCACCCUCCUCGGCCAUCCCAACGCUGCGCCCCGGCCUGACUGGUUUGGGAGCCCGAUCCAGUCCCCGUCGUCCCUGACGAAUGGGGGGAGGGGCUGUGCCCCACCCACCGGCCUCUCUGCCACUGUCAUUCAGGGCUGUCAUCUGGAACAGCAGGCCACAGUGGGGGCUUA